CAUUGGUCAUUCAAGACUCCAGAGCCCGCCUUAGGGAUCUUCCUCCUCACCCUCGUCCUCCCUCAGGCCACUGACUGUCCUGCAUGUAGAUCCGGUACCUGGAGGUCAUGGGGAACGAGGGCUCCCCCUCUUUGGAGACGCCCAGGAGGGUUCUAUGUCCUCGGCCCCCUUCCCCAUGUCGUCAAGCCCUGGCCCAGCAGGCAGUCAGCUCUUUCUAACAGGGGAUCCCCCUGGAUGGCUCCCUCUCCAGGCAUCCAGGCCAGGCCCCAGGGCUUCCUCCUCCCCCAGUGACAUUUCCCAACCCCAAUUAAUCACAGGGUGGCCCCAGGGAGGAGGAAGGAGAUGGCAUGGCGAACCAUAAAGAAGCAGGGACACCAGAGCCAGAUGCCAGGACCCAGGCGCCCAGAGGUCAUGCAGCUGGGAUUUGUCUGUGCUCUGCUUUCUCUCCUGGCAGGGAACAGCUGGGCAGACACCAGAGCCAUUGGGGCUCAGGAAUGCCACCCCAACUCGCAGCCCUGGCAGGCAGGCCUCUUCUUCCGCACGCACCUAUUCUGCGGGGCGACCCUCAUCAGUGACCGCUGGCUGCUCACAGCUGCCCACUGCUACAAGCCGUAUCUGUGGGUCCGCCUCGGGGAGCACCACCUCUGGAAAUGGGAGGGCCCCGAGCAGCUGUUCCGGGUCACGGACUUCUUCCCCCACCCUGGGUUCAACCAGGACCUUAGAGCCCAAGACCACAAUAACGACAUCAUGCUGAUCCGUCUGCCCAGGAAGGCACGCCUGGGACCUGCCGUGCAGCCCCUCAACAUCAGCCAGACCUGCGUCUCCCCCGGCACCCAGUGCCUCAUCUCAGGCUGGGGGGCCGUGUCCAGCCCCAUAGUGGAGUACCCACUCACGCUGCAGUGCGCCAACAUCAGCAUCCUGGAGCCCAGACGCUGCCGGCUGGCAUAUCCCGGCCAAAUCUCCAAGCGCAUGCUCUGUGCCGGCCUGUGGGAGGGGGGCCGCGGCUCCUGCCAGGGCGACUCUGGGGGCCCCCUGGUCUGCCAUGGGACUCUGGCUGGUGUGGUGUCUGGGGGCUCCGAGCCCUGCUCCCGACCUCGGCGCCCCGCCGUCUAUAGUAGCGUUUGCCACUACGUGCGCUGGAUCAGAAAGAUGAUGGAGGAAUACUGAGCCCUCGUGCCUUGGAUGACGGAGGGCGGGGCACAGGGUAGCGGGGGUCCAGCCUCCAUGGUCUCCACCUGUGCCCUCAGCUGUCCUGGAGAGGAGCCUUCUGGAUACUUAGGCUCCGCCCCCUUGGGAUGGAGCAGGAAGACAGACACUUGCAGCCUCCUGGUUCCAGCUCUAAGACUUCAGCAAGAACUACCACCUUGUGCAACAGCACCACCUGGUGGCUCAACCCCAGGAUGGCAAUAGCCCCGCCCCUCGGAACUUUGCCCAAUGAGAGGUGCCAGCCGGACUCCAGCCCGUGUGGCCCCGCCUUCUCCUUUGUCAGAGUCCCCGCCCCCGUGACGUCACGGGUGCUACAGCUUCCCCCCCCCCCCCCAUUGGCGAGCAGGAAAGGUCUGGUCCCGCCCCUUGCAGCCCUGCUUUGGGCGGGUCCUGGGUUUGAAUCCUGCCCUGGACCAUCUGGGUGAAGUCGAGGGGAGAGUCUGGGUUUCUUCAGAUCCAAUGGGUGGUUUUGCAAUAAAUGCAUGGAGCCCUUUCUGCUUUCUGCUUGGGUCGUGGGAUGGAGGAAGGGCAAGGGAUGGGCGGUGGAGCGCCGGUAGGGAACCGUCACCGCGUGAAAAUUUCCCCGGGUCGGUCCUGCCUGAAGUCUGUCCCCAUCAGCCCUAUUGCAGCAAGCCUCCUGGGUUCUGUCAGGCUGGUCCGGUCGCCCCCAGGGGAAGGGGAAACCAGGUCACGGUGCCUCCCAAACCUGCCUGCCCAGAUCCCACCCUCUCAGGGGACAGAGGGCGGGGCCGACCCGCCCUCAGGUGUCCUAACCAAGACUUGCCUAUCUUCUGUUGGGGGUUAC